AUGGACUUUGCAGACGAAGUCCAUGACCCUGUGGAUGAUCUGUCUGACGAGCUUGAGGCCGAGCUGGACAAAUUGGGGCCUGAUGAAGCUGACCUUGAAUCUUCGUCCUGGCUCAAAAUUUCCUAUGUCAAAGACAAGAACAAGGGUGCCUUCGUACGAGUGGAGCAAGACAAGUGGAAACGCACCAUCCCAGAACUCUUGUCUGCAGAUGAGAGGGAAAUCGGUGGCAUUCUCACUGAGGAAGUGGAAGCGGACGAGGCAUUCUUUGACAAGGCGCUCUCACCCCACAAGAACAUCAUUCGGAAGACGGUAAGAGCCAUCCGGAAGGUUUACUGGAAGGCAUGCGCUCAGAAGUUCCUUGUGAACCGCAACGUGAUCCUUCACGCAGAUUCCGCCCGUUCAUACCGCGUGAAGCUGCCCGGAGUCCUGCGCGAUGCGGUGGCCCACAAGAAGCGAAGAGUCAAGACGAAAGGGCAAGUGGCUGUGGCUGAAGCCUACCUUCGUUCGCGUUUCGAAGCACAAGCUUCCUGA